AACUUGCUUAAAAUACCAAGAAGUUAAGUACAAACUCAUUUCAGUGUAUAUGGCACAGUUUUAUAUGUCAAUAUGCCUCUUUAAUACGUAUGACAUGUUUUAAGAUCUACGAACUGAAUGAAGAUCGACUUAGAAAUAAUAGCUAGCAUUCAUGUCUUGUCCCUAUCAUGGUGUUUAUUUAUUCUUCAGUCAGCUUGAUAGUUUCUCCGACACCGUAUUAAAGAAACUGGCUUCACGAUAGCCCUUUAAACAACGCAGCUAAGUUGUUUCUUUCUGGCCAAAUAAGUACAUUCAAUUACUUUUAAGGUGUACAUUCAUCUGAGUACACAUGUAAUAAUUCACUGGCUGUUCGUUUGUAGUAAGCUCAACAGGAUUCCAUAAUUUUUAACGAGAUUGUCGGGAAAUAUAAAAUCGGUUUUGUGUGAUGUAAUGUUAGUCUCCUCUUCAUCUUGGUUUCAGUGAAACAAAUCUUUGUUCAUAACAUUUUAUCAUUAGAGAGUCUUAAUGCUCAUGGACAAUAUUUCAUUUGAAAAAAAUGAAGUUGUUUACUCUAAAAUAAGUUGUUGGCUACUGAGAUGUUCGCUCGAAGGUACCACUAAACCUGUUAUCCACAAGGUAUUGUCGCCAGUGACACAUUCAGAGAAUCCCCUUGAAUUGUGGUCCACUAUAGUUAAUGUCUGUUGGCGCAUGUUUAGACAGGUGUAGAUCUGAGCUAUGAUGUUAUUAAAACCUAAAAGCUAUCAUAGAACCAACAGUGAGCAUUUUCUUCGACAUCGAGAUUGCAGAAGCUAUAGUUUUCGGAUCCAUUGUUGAAAUCAAUUUGAUUGAUUGCUAGUAUUUUUAAUACUAGUUACAAGUUCCAAUAAUUCUAACCCUCUUAGCACUCUACCAAAACAGUUCCAAUUUCUUUAAAGGAACAGUAUAAACGAGUCGUCACCUUGUAAACAUUUCUGUGGUCUUUUAGGAGUUUAACUUCUGUUGUUAUAUGUUAGGAUAUAUCAAAGUGAGAUCCACUUACGAUUUUUUAGAUGCUCAGUAAUAUUUUCAUAUCUGCAGUCAUUUCAUUAAGUCUUGCAUAUUACAUGGAUGUUGUAGAAUUACUGAAUAGAACGGUGAAUAAGCUCCGAUUACUUGACAUCUGCUAGUUUCCUGGUCGUCUGCUAAAUUAAGUCUUCAUUCGUUUAAAAGUAUAUUGAUAUUUGCUGCUUUGUAUGGGGUUUUUUCCUAAAUUAUAUGGUUUUACUAUUUGAUUAUAUUUGGUUUCUUAUAGACCUAAGUGGAGUCCAGAAAUGUCAGCUGAUACAUUAGAUAGUCUGGAAAAAGAAGAAUUCUUGAAAUGGAGACGAUCAUUGGCUCUAUUGGAAGAAAAAGACGGUAUCGUUCUUACUCCUUUUGAGCGAAAUUUGGAGUUCUGGCGUCAGCUGUGGCGUGUAGUGGAACGUAGCGAUGUUGUUGUUCAGGUGGUCGACGCUCGUCAGCCUCUCUUAUAUUAUUCUAGAGAUUUAGAAACCUACAUUCACGAAGUUGAUCCGAAAAAAACAUCUGUGGUUCUUGUUAACAAGUCUGACUUCCUCACAAAUCAACAAAGAGCUGUGUGGGCGGAGUAUUUCAGAACUAUUGGUAUAAACGCCAUAUUUUGGUCAGCUGUUCUAGCCAGUGAACAAAUGCUAGGAAGAAAUUCUACUAAUAUAACCGAACGUUGUGAUAUUCUAACUGAAACAAUUGAUGAAAUCAGUUCGGAAUCUGAUAGUGAUUUCGAGGAAACUGAGACGGAAUCAGAUGCCAAUAGUGAUGCUAGUGAAGGAACUAUUUGUGAGGAAUUUAACGAAAAAGCUCCUGAGGUUAUCGAACGCUCAACACACCUACCUAAUGAAGUGGAUUGUAAAAUAAAUUCCUGUGAUAGUUUAAUGGAUGCAAACGAAGUCAUUGUACCGAUUUCAUCAGUCGCUUCAAAUUCUGUGAAACUUAAUGUGAUUGAUUCUGAAACGGCUGUUCAAUAUAACACACAAAAUGGUGAGGCGGAUACUGAGCUCGUUGGAGUUGAAAAGCUAAUCAGUCUACUAACUGAAAAAUUCGGUCCCUCCAGUCGUGAUACAAAGAAUCCUUUGACAAUCGGUUUCAUCGGCUACCCAAACGUUGGGAAAUCUAGUACGCUUAACGCGAUACUAGGUCAUAAGAAGGUGCCAGUAUCAGUUACACCUGGGAAAACCAAACAUUUCCAGACUAUUUAUGUUCGAUCGGAUUUGAUACUUUGUGAUUGUCCGGGAUUAGUGAUGCCAUCUUUUGCCUAUUCCAGAGCUGACUUAGUUGUAGCAGGUAUAUUAUCAAUCGAUGGAAUGCGUGAUUAUUUGUCUCCUGUUGGUUUA